GCCACUGACUGGUUCCAUCCGAGUGUUGUGUAGGGCAGUGUGAGCGGGCGACAAUGGAGGAGGGAGAAGGGUUGCGGCAGCGGAGGCCUAUUCGGCCGCAGGUCAUCACGGAUGAAAACGUCGUGCAAGAAUCGGAAAGUAGCAGCACGUACAGUGGAAAGGUUUUCCGUGCCACAUUCACGUUUCUGGCUCUAAUGUUGGUCGUCCCAUCUUUAGCUGCUGUUUGCUUCCUUGAGAGUCCUAUAGAACCACAGCCUUUAAGCUUUCAAGUUCCUCCCCUUAUGACUGGCGCUCUUGAGGCAAAUACCAAGCUGAGAAAAGCUGAGCGGUUGUAUGAAGGUCAGCUUGUGGGACCUGAGUCAAUUGUAAAUAUUGGAGACGUCCUAUACACGGGCACAGCUGAUGGCCAGAUUUUGAAAAUUGAAGAUGAUAAUAUUCACACAAUCGCCAGGCUAGGAACUCCUCCAUGUGGAACCAGGGAGAAUGAACCUACGUGCGGACGGCCUUUAGGAAUUCGCGUUGGCCCAAAUGGUACACUUUUUAUUGCAGAUGCUUACCAAGGAAUAUUUGAAGUUAACCCUGUUACAGGGUCAGUGGAAUUGCUGGUGUCUUCUCAUAUUCCAGUCCAGGGAAAGAAAAUGUCUUUUGUAAAUGAUCUUGUUGUUACCAGUGAUGGGAGAAAGAUAUACUUCACUGAUUCCAGCAGUAAAUGGCAGAGGCGGGAUUAUCCAUAUUUAGCUAUGGAGGGCACAGAUGAUGGACGCUUGCUUGAAUAUGAUACAGUCACAAAAGAAGUGAAGGUUUUGAUGGGCGGAUUGAGGUUCGCCAAUGGAAUUCAGCUGUCUCCUGCAGAAGACUUUUUGCUUGUGGCAGAAACCACAAUGGCACGUGUAAGGAGGUAUUAUGUGUCUGGUCUGACGAAAGGAGGAGCAGACAUGUUUGUAGAGAACUUGCCAGGUUUUCCGGAUAACAUUCGGCCUAGCAGCACUGGAGGAUACUGGGUUUCAAUGUCUGCUGUGAGACUGAAUCCUGGCUUUUCCAUGAUAGAUUUCUUGUCUGACAAACCGUGGCUUAAAAAAUUAAUAUUCAAGCUGUUCAGUCACGAAACAGUGAUGAAGUUUGUUCCCAGGUAUAGCCUGAUUGUGGAGCUGGGAGAGAAGGGGUCUUACAAGAGAAGUUUUCAUGAUCCAAAUGGAGAAGUGGCCCCCUUUAUCAGUGAAGCUCAUGAACACGAUGGACACUUGUAUAUUGGAUCCUUCCGCUCUCCGUUUAUUUGCAAGUUAAAUCUUCAGGACGUUUAAAUUGCACAAGGAGCCUGUUUAUUGUCAAGACGCAUAUGAUAGACCUAAUUAUACCUGGAAGAGUGGAUCUGUCUGAGUGAGCAGCAACAUUCUUACCAAUUGAGGCCACGUGUGAAGAUGUCUCUGUUGGUACUGAGUGUAGACAGCGUAGCUGUGGUUAUGCGUAACGACUUUGUUUACGGAUGAGUAACAUUACCUCCCGAAGCUUAUUCUGUGUAUUGAACUUGUUCUCAUAAUCUUGUUCAGACAGUAAACCCUAAGCAAUAAGAGCCAAGGUAGCCAACGUACCUGCAAACUGCAAGAGUAAGGAAUAAUCUCAAAUUUACGUAAUGAAAGUGGCAGACACAAGUUGUUAUACCCUGUUUAUUUAUUGUUCUCUGACUCUUAGUAAUAACACUUUGUCCAUAUUCCACCUGAUACAAUCUAUGGUAAGCUGAUACCUUCUGCCAAUUACUUGAUUCCUAUAAUGGGUGCUUGACCUAUAAAGAACACGGAUUAAAAGUGCUUAACAAACAUUGUUUAUAUUAAAGGGACAGUCUACUCCACAAUUGUUAUUGUUUAAAAAGAUAGAUAAUUAUUACCCAUUCCCCAGUUUUACAUAACCAACACAGUUAUACGAAUACCAUUUUUACCUCUGUGAUUACCUUGUAUCUAAGCCUCUGCAGACUGCUCCCCUUAUCUCAGUUCUUUUGACAGACUUGCAUUUUAGCCAAGCAGUGCUGACUCGUAUAUGACUCCACCAGAGUGGGCACAAUGUUAUCUACACACACACACAUGAACUAGCACUAUAUAGCUGUGAAAAUCUGUCAAAAUGCACUGAGAUAAGGGACGACUUCAAGGGCUUAGAAAUUAGCAUAUAUACCCUCCUAGGCUUAGCUUUCAACAAAGAAUACACUUGAAAUGUGAUGUCCUCUUCAUAUUGGCAUACACAGAGCAUUUAAGUUUAAAACAAACAAAAAAAAAAACUUGUAUGAAGAAAAUCUAUAAAUCCUUUUACUCUAUAUUUCAUAAGUAUAACGUGUUGGUAGCUGCCUUUUAGUCAAUCAUUGAAGUAUAAAAAGAAUAUAUUGAAUGUUUUCCCCCAAAGCACAAUGGCAUUUAAAAAAAAAAAAAAGUCUUUUGAAGUUUUCACUAAUUGCUUUGUCAGCUUUGGGCUCGGCCCUAAACAAAUCAAAAGCUUCUUGCGUCCAGACAGCAGAUUUUGUACCAUUCUGAAAGUUAUUGCUUUUUUUUCUGGUAUAAUGACAUCAUUGUGACUAUAGUAUGAGUGAUGUUUGUAAGCUCCCUGGGUCUCACCAUAUUGCAUCACCGUAAGGUAGCCAUGCAUUAAUAUACAAGACUGUUAAUUUACUUCAGACAUUUGCAUGCACAUAAAAAACUGAAGCCUUUACCUACCCGUGGUCUUUAUAAUAUCCCAGCUCAAGGAUGGUAAACAUAUUUAAUAAAAAUAUCUCUAUUUUCCCAGUGACUGUAUGCAGUAAUGUUGACAUAAAGAAUUGUUUUGAAUUGCAUUUUGUAUCACUUAGAUCAGGUGAUCUUUCAUGUGUUUUGUGUUUUUUUUUUUGUAUAUAUAUAUAUUUUGAUAGGACUUCAAUUUAGUUUGUGAUAUAACUUAAAGGGACAGUGUACUCUAAAUGUUUCUCUUUUAAAUGUAUUCCUAGUUAAUCCAUUUACCUGCUGAAGGGUAUAAAUUGUUUACAAAUAGCUCCUUAACCUUCAUUUUGACAUUUUAAAUAGCUUUUUUUUUUUUGUUAGUGGUAUCACCACCUAUACUGAAAAUUUCGAUAGUUAAACAUUGGCUAUAUAAAAUCUAUGUAAAAUUAGCCAGUAGAAUAAAUUAUACUCCAGUGGAAGGUAGGAGAGAUAAGCAAUAACAUGCUAAAUUUAAUUUGGUCUCUAUGUAUUGGGCUUUGAUAUGCUAACAUACAUACAUACAUACACACACCUGCUUCCUUAUAUUAUUUCUAUGUGUGUGUGUGUGUGUAUAUAUAUACAUUUAUAUUAUGUGUAUGUAUAUAUGUAUGUGUGUGUGUGUAUGUAUAUAUAUAUAUAUAUGUAUGUAUAUAUAUAUAUAUAUAUAUUAUAUAUAUAUAUAUAUAUAUAUAUAUAUAUAUAUAUUGAAAGUGAUACCUUGAGAUUGAAUUUUCAUGCAAGUUCAUGAAUUUUCAUGCAUAAUAAAACCAGCUAUUUCAUAUACAAAAAAACAUAAAGGGACAUUUUCACAUACAUUUUAUACUCUGCUGCUGGUAUGACAAGUCAUUGGAAACACAUUAACGGGAAAACUAUUUUACAGUACAGUGUCCCUUUAAAGAACAAAAAUAUAUAACUGCUCAUUAAAGUGAUAGUAAACCCUAGCGUUUGUGAAACGCUAGGAUUUGCCAGUGCAACAAUUAAUGGGGACUUUUAGUCAUGAAGUAUAAAAUACUUCAUUCUGAAAGUUCCUUUAUUUGCCUGCAGUGUUCACCGCACUGAGCACCCCAGGCUGCCCAUGGCAGAACACUAUUUUAGCCAAUAGUGUGCUAGCUAUCUGGCAUUAUGCUAGCUGCCCUGCACCGCUAUUGGCUAAGAGGUGUAAACAUUACCUCAUUGAAAAAUAGCGUUCUUUUGUGGGCUGCCUGAGGCACUCGGCACGGCUAACGCUUCAGACAAAUAAAGGAACUUUCAGCAUGAAGUAUUUUAUACUUCAUGACUGAAAGUCCCCUUUAUUUGUUGCAAUGGUAAAUAUGUACUAUCACUUUAAAGUAGAUAGAAGAUGCCUAAUAGCAAAUUAUUGCUCAAUACAUCUCUCUAAAUAGAAAAAAACAUUCAAAUCAAUAUUAUUUGAAUAUUUUUCUUAAAAUUUUAGAUGUAUAUUUUACGUUUUGUGUUUUUAGAUUACUAGGACCUACAUUGUGUUUCUUUUGAUGUUCAUUAAUAUUGUUAUAAUUUAUAAAAUAGUUUCAAAAGUGAAGGUACAAAAAAUUAUAUUUUCAGGACACAUUACAAUAGUUGUACUAUGUGAACAGUUUAAAUUAAAGUGAAAGUAAAUCCUAGCAGUUUACAAACGCUAGGAUUUACUAUUGAAACAAAUAAAGGGCACUUUCAUUCAUGAAGUAUAAGAUACUUCAUAUAGAAAGCUCCUUUUAUUUGAUUCAACCAAUCGCCGCUCUUAGCUCCUACAGCAGCGCAUAGCUAAAAAAUUUUUUGACGUUUUCACCUCUUAGCCAAUAGCCGUGUGGUAAAUCCGGCUCCCAUGGGCACCAAGCCGGAUUUACCGCACGGCUAUUGGCUAAGAGGUGAAAAGUCACCUCUUAGCCAAUUUUUUUUUUAGCCGUGGGCUGCUGUAGGAGCUAAGAGCAGCAAUUUGAUUUAAUCAAAUAAAGGAGCUUUCGACAUGAAGUAUCUUAUACUUCAUGAAUGAAAGUGCCCUUUAUUUGUUUCAAUAGUAAAUCCUAGCAUUUGUAAAACGUUAGGAUUUACUUUCACUUUAAUGGCAAUGAAUAUGCAGCACUAUCUAUUUUAAUUUGAUUAGUGAUGAAAACAUGAUGUAAUCUAAAUGCGUUUGAGUUAAGUAAUAUAAUCUAAACUCUAAAAAAAAUAAAAUCAUUGGUAUUAUUGGCA